UUCACAAUGUCAAACAACCAAGGCGGCGAGAAAGCCAAGGGCCAAGGUGGUUUACUCGGAGGUGUUGGCGGUGCCUUGGGCAGUACGACCGAAGGACUCGGCAACGGAUUGAACUCCACUACACGAGGAGUCGGAAACGCCGUUGGGAAGACUACCGAAGGUGUUGGCAACACAGUCGGCGGCGUGACGGAUUCGGUGGGAAACACCGUGGGCGGUGUCGCUGGUGCUGGCGGUGCUCCACAGAAGAAAGAAGGUUCUGGGUUCAAGAGCUACGGCAUUUGAGCACAUGAUAGUAUAAGCGUUUGUGUAUGCGACCUUGGGCCUGGUAUAUCAUGGGGGUUAAAAGGGAAUAUCACAAAUAUAAUAUAAUUGCAAAUUGAACAUAAAAUACUCAGUAGUGGAUGUUG